GAAAACAAAUCCUUUGUAAUGACUUGAAACACUGAACCUGUUAGACCGGUUGCACAGGUAAGUGCAGGAAGACACACGAGCGCGCGCACACAUGCACGCACGCACGCACACACACACACACCAGGUGCGGUCAUGAGCGACGUCACUCGCCUCAAUGGUGAGGAAUGAGGAAGACGAGUCCAUCCAGCAGGUAGAGAGGAGAAGGUCAUUGCUGUGUGGUUAACUGACGCUUUCUUUCUUGAAUAAAGUCUCUCUAAGUGGAGAGAUGGUCCGCAGCUGUACUGACGGCUGGUGCGCCCGGUUUGCGGAGCGGAACCGGUCCGCGCUGAAUUUUGGGCUGCUGGUCGUCGGUUACAUCCUCUACCUGCUGAUCGGCGCCGGGAUCUUCUCCGCCAUCGAGCUGCCCUACGAGCAGGAGCUCCGGCGGGAGCUGAAGGAGGCCCGGCAGGAGUUCCUGAGCAACAACACCUGCGUGUCCGACGCGCGCCUGGAGGAGCUGCUGGCCCGCGCGCUGGAGGCCAACAACUAUGGCGUGUCUGUGCUGGGUAACGACACCGAGAGAAACUGGGACUUUGUUUCCUCGCUGUUCUUCACCAGCACCGUACUGACCACAACAGGUUACGGCCACUCUGUCCCUCUCUCAGAUGAAGGGAAGGCCUUCUGUAUCUUCUACUCCCUCUUCGGCAUCCCCGUCACCCUCUUCUUCCUCACCGUGGUGGUGCAGAGGAUUAUGGUCCUGGUGACUCAGCGUCCAGUGUCCUAUUUCCACCGCAGAUGGGCCAUGCCUAAAGCGCAGCUCGCCGGCGUGCAUGCUAUCUGUCUCGCCGCCAUCGUAGCCCUGCUCUUCCUCAUCAUCCCUGCGUGGAUCUUUGUCACCCUGGAGGUGGACUGGGACUUCCUGGAGUCUCUGUAUUUCUGUUUCAUAUCUCUGACAACCAUUGGCCUCGGGGAUUAUGUCCCUGGAGAGGCCCAGAGUAAAGAGGCCAACCCACACCCUCAUCUCUACAGGCUGGCUAUUACAGUCUACCUGCUGCUGGGCUUGGUGUUUGUCCUGGUGGUGCUGGAGACGUGCUGCGAGCUCCCCCAGAUGAAACGCCUCAGACAGAAGUUCUACAAAGAAAAAGUCCGGGACCUGGACUCCGAGACGGCCAACAUCAUUGACCGGGAUCACUUGAGCGACCAGCUGAGCGAGCCCUCGGAUUACAUGGGCGAUCACCUGCCUGUCAUUCCUUCUGUGUCAGAACAAGCUGCGACCCUCCGGAAGGACAGCAAGUCAACACCUUACACCCCCGCACCAGGAUCUGCUGCAAACGGCACACUUAGAUGACAGAAAACAUUAUAUUUAAGGGACUGGACUGUAAACUUGUGGCUCUAAAUGUGUCUGUAUAAAAGGAGCCUUCUGUGUAUAUCUAAGCUGGGUCACUUAAUCACUUAAAAAUGGCUUUCUGCCAUUGCCAACACCAACAGACAUUUGUGGAGUAAAAGCAGGCACCACCCACAGACUAUCAGGAUGGCAUUGUUUUCUUGUUCGCCCCUGUAGCUCCAUUCCCUGCAGAUAAGAGCGGGAUCUGUGACGUAGAGGAAGGGCUGGGCCCCCAAACGGAGGGAAACCCCACAAGGUUUUAACUUCCUGCCAAUGCUGUAUAAUUCCACAGCGGCACAGUUUGCUCUAGAGGAUUUCACACCCGCUUCUUGCACUUUAUAUAAUCUAUGGUGGUAUUUGCAUAGGAAAUUUGCCUUCUUGGAAGUAGUAACGUAGCAACAGGGGACUCAGGUGUCCCAUCUGUUGGCCUAUUGUACAUUAUGUGCAAGGAUUAUAAGAAGAAGAUCAGUAAUGUGAACUGAGUGGACAAAAUUAUAGAAACCUGUCAACAUAAUGCAAUGCAGUAAAUGAUGCAUAAUGCAAACUGCAGUCUCCAUAAUGACCAUACAGUUGAAUCAACAUAUUUACCUUUAUAAAAUGAGCUUUUAUUGCAGCACUGUUGUAAUAUUAGCAUUAGUUUGAGCUAGAUGUACACAAUAAACUGGCAAUGAGGUGUUUUUUUUAUUGUGGUAGUCAUACUGCAGUGUGCCCAUCUCACCACUAGAGGGCAGCACUUUCAUUUUAUACAAAAAAGGUUUACUUGAGGUUUGUUGUUACUGGGAUUUAUCUCUCAUGCUGCUCAGGUAGUCAGAAGUAUUUCUUAAAGGUAUAAUUAAGUUGCAAAAAUAUAUCUGGGCUGCAGCUAAUGAUUAUUUACAUUAUCGAUUUAUCUGACAAUAUUUCCUAGAUUUAUUAAUUAUUCAUUUUGUCUAUAUGUCCCUCCCAGUUUCUAAAAGUUCAAAGUCUUUAAAUAUUUUAUUAGGACAUCUUCACAUUUGAGAGACUGAAAACAGCAUUUUCUGCCAUGUUGUGCAUGAAAAAUUACUUAUUUUUUUAAAAAUUUUUCCCCAAAUAGUUGUUUAUUUUUUAUUGCAAUAGUUUAAUAUAUAUAUAUAUAUAUAUUAAUAGUGGCAGCUCUAGUCAUU